CUCCUUGAUUCCCAUCUUCCCAUUUUCAACAGUCCAAAGCCGCCAUGUCUUCCCCAGACAAGAAUCCCUUCACCUGUCCCACUGGAGGCAUACUUUCGCUCUUUUUUCUGAACUGUUCUUCCGGUCCCGGCUCCGAUGAUGACGACUCUGAUGGCCCUCAGGAGAACUACAAUGGCGGAGAGCAGAGUGGCACGCUCGUUCAAGAUCUUUCUAAAGGUGACUAUGUUGAUGCCUUAUUCAAUCAAAUUAGGCAGUCGGGAGUUGCUGUGCAAGGAUCUAUUGAAAGUCUUCAUCCAUACUCAAACUCAAGAAGCUUUACUGCCUUUACUGGAACAGGAUGGCUUCUCUCUGGUGAAACAGUACAAUCUGCUCCUCAGCCACCUGAGGUUAUUGUUCACCAUAUAACUUUUUGGCCCAAUGGAUUCAGAGUAAAUGAUGACCCUUUGAGGAGGUUUGAUGAUCCAGAAAAUGCAUCUUUCUUGAAGAGUAUCAGGAACUCUAAGUGUCCAGAAGAGCUUAAGCCAGCACAUAAGAGUACUGCAAUUCAAAUUUAUCUUAUCCGAGAGGAGGAAAAUUUCACUGAACCACAGAAGCAACACAUUCCAUUUCAUCGUUUGGGAAGAACAUUAAGUGGUGGUAGCACCACAUCUGCAGUACCUCCUGAGCCAUCAUCGCCUCCUCUCAACUCCGCUCCACCCCCAUCCAUGGGCCUGGUUGUAGAUGAAAAUUUGCCAUCAACUUCGAUUCAGCUUAGGUUGGCUGAUGGCACACGUAUGGUUGCACGAUUUAACUAUCACCAUACCAUCAGUGAUAUCCGUGCCUUCAUUGAAGCAUUAAGGCCUGGAGGGCCAGGUACUUAUCAGUUGCAGACAGUAGGGUUCCCUCCUAAGCAACUCAAUGAUAUGACUCAGACAGUAGAGCAGGCAGGGCUUGGUAACUCAGUGGUCAUCCAAAAAUUGUAAAGGUAUGGCAAGUUCUGAUCAGAUUUAUGGCUUUUAAGACACUACUAGUUUUAUCAUUGUUUGAUGAGGUAGAAUAAUUGUAAGGAAGAGUACUUGUGAAUACCCGAAAAGUAUCUCCACGGCUCCACCCCAAUGUAUCUUUCAAGGAGCAACAUACCUCAAAACUGUGAUGGUACAGUAAGUGAAAGUUUAUUAAAAAUACUUCAAAAUUAAUCACUCUUUGUUAAAUGAAUGUUAGACUCUGAGAAUACCA